AACUCUGACGCAACAGCUGCUGCUUGCGAUGUGAUAACAAUUUUAACUAUUUCCACACGCGUCUUAAAUUUACAUAGUUUCAUCCAAAUACUGUAUAAAAAAUAGAUUGUUUAAUAAAACACAGUCAUGUCAGUGGUACCCAAGGAUGAUCCCAAGUCCGCUGAGGCGCCCAAGCCCAGAGUCUUAGACACUGCGGAGCUUGACAGAAUGGCCAUGCAUUUUGUGGGCAAUCUGAACAGAUAUCGCGAGAAUAUAGUAAUACCCAAAGGCAAUGGGCCGGUCAAAAUCAAAACAAACGAGGAGAAGCUCAUCGAAACAGCCGUGGAGAGCUGUGCCUUCAAAAGUGCUAUGGCCUGUGUAAUGGGCUAUGGACUGGGCGCUGCUUUGGGCUUGUUCAGCGCCUCCGUAAAUCCAAAUAUGGCCGAUCCGUUCGCCAAUGAAAAGAAACAGACGGCGCGUGAGGUGUUCCGUGAGAUGCGCGCCACAACGCAUUCAUAUGCCAAGAAUUUCGCGUUAAUUGGCGCCGUCUUCUCUGUGGUUGAGUGCACCAUCGAAAGCCAACGUGGUGUCACCGAUUGGCGUAACGGCACCUAUGCAGGCGGCAUUACCGGCGGCUUGAUUGGUCUGCGAGCGGGCAUCAAGGCAGGCAUCAUUGGCGGCCUGGGUUUUGCGGCAUUCUCCACGGCGAUUGAUUACUAUAUGCAUAUGAGAUAAGGGGUGUAGUUAACAUCGUGUGUAUAUAUGUAGCUCGUAUAAAUGUUUGUUCUUAAUUACAAAUCUCGUCUUUA